AACACCGCAGGGUAAGGUCCCUGACAUUGUCGUCCAUUUUGUCUACCAGAAGGACGGAAAAUAUAUCAGGCGUUAACGGAGAACGUCUGCACCAUGUCGCGUAUCCAAGCUCUUCUGGCAAUUCUGCUCAUAGCACGCCAUGUCGAAGGCUCGUGCCGCGGCCGGUGUGGCGAGGACUACGACCGCUCGAACCCCUGCCACUGCAACUCACGCUGUCAGGAGUUCAACAACUGCUGUAGCGACUACAAGGGCAUCUGUCUAAACUGGGGAAGCUCCUGCGCCAACGGCCGCUGUUGGGAGCGGAUGGACCCUGCCUACAGUUGCCAGUGUAACAGCGAGUGUGCCCGGUUUGGAGACUGCUGUGCUGACUACGGAGCCGAGUGUCUAGGAGAGAAAGGCAGCAAAGUGGACCCGGUACCCCUUGAGAAAGAUGGUGCAGGACACGAACCAGAACCACCAAAAUCAGAAGGCGACGCAUGCGUAGUUGAACCGGGUGGCGACGCAUGCGUGGGCGAAAAGAAAUCCAGGUGGACACGUGACGCCGAAAACGUAGUGGAGCCGGUGUCCCCAGGAACAGGUGCAACAAGUACCGGCUCGUCUGUCAGCGGCAAAGAACUGUCAUGCCUUGCUCAGCUCCUUUGGGACGGCGAUGUGAACCGCGCCUCCAGCAGCCAGUAUACACUCAACCUGCAGGGUAAGAUCGCACGGCACGAACUAGACCAUCACGAGGACCAGGCUAGUGCCAACCUAUUCACCUACAUGGACGAGGCUACACUUUUUGCCAAAGACACGUACAGCGCAUACGUAGCGCUCAUCGACAACUACGUUGCUAGAACGGGAACGCAUGAAGAGGUGACGUCACAGGAGACAGCUGAGAUCAAUGCCUUCCUCGACGUCAUCCAAGGCACUGACGUCAUCAUCAAGCUGCACGAGUUCCUGGCAAACAAGGGUCUGACAAGUUCCGACAUGGCUACGUUCAUGGCCGACCUGAAGGAGAUGUGGUUCGGGCUGUACUCGCGGUCCGGCGGAAGAGCCUUGGAUUCUAGCGGCUUCGAACACGUGUUUCUCGGCGAGUUUAAGAGAGGCAAGGUCUCAGGAUUUCACAACUGGAUCACAGCGUACCUAUUGGAGAAAGACGGACUGGCCGACUACUACGGUUAUAUCUGGGACAAGGAGCCUGGCAUCCUGGCGGCCCAACUCCGCUGGGGUUCCCUGUACAAGGACCUGGGGUCCAUGUUCUACGGCACCAGUCCGGAGUUUGACCUGGCCAUGUACACCAUGUGCUACGUCACCAAUCCGGACCGCCUGUGCCGUUUUGACAUGGCGGACGCGUCCGUGGCCAUCCAGACAUGGAGCUGGGGGAAAUCCAGCUAUGGAGACGGGAAGAAAUACCUCGCGUCCGCCUAUCCUGCCUGAGCGUCCCGAGCGGCCUUUAACUAACAUACCUAGUUCUGCAGCGAUAUCAGUGUGUAAAUGCUGGAUAAACAUCUUUGAAGCUUUAGCAUCCCCGUUUAUAAAAUGUAUUAUUGAAAAAUAUCAUUGUAGCCAUUCUGAAGAUGGAUUAAGUAAGCUGUUACGAUAAAGGCACAUGGGUUACUUGGUGCGUUCUCAUAUACUACCACGCACGCACGCUGCACACACACACACACAUGAGCAAAAGAAUAGUGCAAGAGUCAUCAACUGCUAUGUUUCUACCAAACAUAUACAUUUGUACGUACCUUCAUCCAAAAAUGUCCAGACAUACGUCAUACUAAAGCAGUUCUCAAACAUACACAUGGGAUUGUACUACACGUAAUAAUAGAGUUUCAUGGGGUAGCUUCUAUGUACAUUUUACAAGACAAAAAGAACAAACAGCCAUAACGUCCUUGUCACUACCUAUUUUAUUUAUCUAUAAUAUUCUUCAAAAUAUCGGCAUCACAUCCCACUAGAUCAAUGGGUUAUUUCCUUUUCAGUACACUUCAGCACAAAAAUACAUACAAAACAUACGACAUAUACGUCAUAGAACCUUUCUUCUUCAAUAUUUGAUAACUUCAAUAUUUGAAAUAUUUGAUAAGUACUUGCAUCACGUCAGGCACUGAAGUUGACUUACCAUUUCUAUACAGUGAAUAAAUGUAUGCGUUCAAUUUUCAUCUUUCCAAGGACAAUUGCCUCCAACAAGUGAGUUGAUGGGAACAAAAUUCAAUUCUACCGUAACAAAAGCAACCAGUCUUCCCUCAUUGCAAUUUCCACUACAUCAUACAUUUGCAAACAAACAGCUUUAACAUUGUCAUCUGGGUCAUUAGCUGUACCUGCUAGAUUUCAUUUUUUUCUCCGCUCUGCACCAUACAUAGUCACUGAAUCCACUACCAUACCAGGAAUGUUGGCAUACACAAGUUACUUUGGUUACCAAUGAAUAACUUUUAAUUGCAAAGGGCAACAAUGUUUAAUUUUUCCUAGGAUGCUACUUGCAAAAGUAACAUUAACACAAAUUUAUAUCUAAUCAUCUUCUGUAGCUAUAGGUUUAUUUUAAUGCAAUCAAUUUGAGUUGGUUGUAAAUAAAGUCUGCUUGACUAGAUUGUGAAAUUCAAAGCUUGUGUUGUUGGAAUCAUGACUUAAGUACAAUCUCACAGUCAGGUAUUGAUUGGGUAGCUUUUUCUAGAUCUAGGUCUAAAGACUGAUUAAUGUAUAGAAUAAUUCAGAAUAGCCCCCAAACACAAAUCUCAUGACAGAUCAAGGCAACAAUGACAGGGUGGUACACAAUGUAGUGCUUUGUACAUUUUCCAUUGCAAUACCAAUGAUGUAUGUAUUUUUGAUAAUGCGCAAACGUGUAGGAAUCAUAUAGAUUGGUACAUUUUCAAAUUGCACCAUUUCGCUUGUAUCACACCUAAAAUGCUGAUGCUGCUGUCCACUACAACUAAACACUACUGCACCACUCAAAAUCAAACUAAGCCUGUUGCAAGUAUCACUCUAAUUCGAUCAACAAUUGAUAACAGUACAAAGGAUCAUACAAAGUAUACAAUAUCAACGAGGCCAUCUUUCUAUUUUAACUGUCAAUAUACCUCAUUUGAUCUUUCAGCCACAAGUUUCAACAAAUAUAAAGUCCUUCUUUACAAAUCUGUCUUCACAGAAUAUAGUUCCACAGUCGACUCCACCUUGCAGUGGUGACUUUAUAAAUAUAACCUUACAUCUCAUGCAAGCCACCUUAUUGCCUACGUACACGUA